AUGGACAGCUACGGAAGAAAUGAGAAGUUGUUCUCCAGAAAGAGAAGUUUCACUUUUGGGGCUUAUGGAGGGGUGGACAAGUUCAUUUGUACAGAUGAGACACGACCGGAGUCCAUAGAGCGCAGCAUUUUAGAUAUUCUGGACUCUCCCACAAGUGAGACGAAGCCCGUCCUCCCCGCAGCCUCCAGCCAGAGGGACACUGAACUUUUUGAAAUAAUUGAAAAACUUCAGGGCAGCCGACUAGACGAGCAACGCUGUGCGUUCCCCCCUCCUUUGAAGGUUUUAAAGAUAAGAGGCACUUUCCCUUUGAUUCUUCCACCUAAAUGUGGAGGCUACUGGAUAGACCCACCCAUGGAGAAGUUUGAUAAAACCAGCCCCACCGUGUCUGAAUCAAGAAGUGGCACAGAGAGCUAUGAAAUUAUGGAGAGGGACCUUGAAGCAAAGAUCUACAGGGAAUUCUUCAGAUCCAAAUAUCAUCACUCGUUCACAGCAGUAGACCCUUGCCUUGGAUCCCUCGUCCUCUCCGCUUGCUUGGAGGAGGAUGAGAAAAGACUGAGGGUCAUACUGAGAAUGAAAGAAAGCACUGUGCAUGGAGUGUUCUCUCUCUGUCUCUUCCACCAUUUCCCUACUGCUGCAGAGCUGGCUAAGAUGCUGUGUGACAAUGUAACUGUGACCAUAUUUGAGCCAGUCUCCUACCUUAAGGCUCCAGAACUUAUCACAGCAUUUGAUGAGCACAGAAUGUCACAAAACUUCAAGUUUGGUGUUUUAUAUCAGAAGGAAGGGCAGCUAACUGAAGAAGAGAUACUGAGUAACAAUGAUGAAAGUAAAGAUUUUCAAGAAUUUCUUUCUAUUCUAGGAGAGACUGUGAAACUACAGGGCUUUACAGGCUUUAGAGGAGGUUUGGAUGUGUGUCAUGGUCAGACAGGAAAAGAUGCUGUCUAUACAUCAUUUUCUGGGAGGGAAAUAAUAUUUCAUGUGUCAACGAAAUUACCAUUCACAGAAGGUGAUACACAGCAGCUGCAGAGGAAGAGACACAUUGGCAAUGAUAUUGUUGCACUGGUUUACCAGGAAGGCCAAGUCCCGUUCAUUUCUGACAUCAUUAGCUCUCACUUUCUUCACUGUUUUAUUGCUGUUAGACAAGUGGAGAGAGCCAGUGGGAAUAAAGAAGGAGGGUGCAAAGCAUUUCAGGUAUCAGUCACAGCAAGAGAGGAUGUGCCCCCCUUUGGACCGGCCCUACCAGAUCCACCCAUUUUCACAGAGCCUUCCCGUCUGAGGGAAUUUCUCCUGACCAAACUUAUCAAUGCGGAGAUUUCCUGUUAUAAGGCUGAGCGGUUCAGCAGAUUGGAGCUUCGUACUCGUUCUUCGCUUCUGGAGGCACUGCGAUCAGAAUUAAGUGCUCAGUCCCAGUGUAUGCAGGGGUCAUCAACCCCUUCCACUCUACCGCAUUACGAAGGAAACCGAGGAGGGCUGGAAGGAGGUGGAGGGUUCAUUGAAAAUUUCAAGAGAGCAAUACGGGUGCGCAGCCACUCCUUUGACAACCUGGGUGUGCCUAGGAAGACGGUUGGAACGGGGAUCUCACUGAAACCCAGAGCAACACAAAAUAACACAUGUUCAACAGAGAAAGAAGGAGAAAGCGAAAUGACCAGCAAGCAACCUGGAACCAAUGUUCAACAGAACGACAACCUUGGGGCUAGAGAAAUAAACAGUCUGAACUGUUCACAUGAAGAUGUGUAGACAAGAAUGCAUGUAGUGGCUUGUUUUCUUCCCACUUUAUUCUCACCUGAAAGCAU